GGGCGGGCCGGGGCGGGGGGGCGGCUGAGGAGGAGGAGGAGGAGGAAGGAGGAGGAGGAGGAGGAGGAGGAGGAAGGAAGACGAGGCCCGGCCCUGCUCUCCGCGCCGCUCCGCCGCACCGGGGCCGGCCCCGUCAGCGCGGCCGCGCCCGGAGAGCGGCCCCAGGUUUUACCAAGAGACAGUACAUCUAACACUUAACUUGGAUCAUCUCUUGUUCAUCAGCUUGAAAAUCAUAACAGCCCCCAAAACUGACAUUUGAUCUGAAAGAGAAAGCUGUGACAAAUGGACAAUAUGUCUAUUACUAACACGCCAACAAGUAAUGAUGCUUGUCUGAGCAUUGUUCACAGCUUGAUGUGCCAUCGCCAAGGUGGAGAGAGUGAAACUUUUGCCAAACGCGCAAUUGAAAGUUUAGUUAAAAAGCUAAAGGAGAAAAAAGAUGAAUUGGAUUCUUUGAUUACAGCUAUAACCACAAAUGGAGCUCAUCCUAGCAAGUGUGUUACAAUACAGAGAACGCUGGAUGGGAGGCUUCAGGUGGCUGGUCGCAAGGGAUUCCCUCAUGUGAUUUACGCUCGUCUUUGGAGGUGGCCUGAUCUUCAUAAAAAUGAACUCAAGCAUGUUAAAUAUUGUCAGUAUGCUUUUGACUUAAAAUGUGACAGUGUCUGUGUAAAUCCUUACCAUUAUGAGCGUGUAGUAUCGCCUGGCAUCGAUCUCUCAGGACUGACACUACAGAGUUCUGCUCCGUCAAGCAUGUUGGUGAAAGACGAAUACGUUCACGAUUACGAGGCGCAGCCAUCGUUGUCUUCUGCUGAAGGACAUUCAGUCCAAACCAUCCAGCACCCGCCGAGUAACAGGGCAUCUACGGAGCCUUACAGCACCCCAGCCAUGUUAGCUCCUACCGAGGCUAGCACUACCAGCACCACUAACUUUCCCAACAUUCCUGUGGCUUCAACAAGUCAACCUACCAGUAUAUUGACAGGUAGCCAUAGUGAUGGACUCUUACAGAUUGCUUCAGGGCCUCAGCCAGGAACUCAGCAGAAUGGGUUUACAGCUCAGCCAGCUACUUACCAUCACAAUAGUACUACAACUUGGACUGGAAGUCGAACGGCAGCCUACACACCUACCAUACCUCACCACCAGAAUGGCCAUCUUCAGCAUCACCCACCUAUGCAUCCUGGACAUUACUGGCCAGUUCACAAUGAACUUGCAUUCCAGCCUCCUAUAUCAAAUCAUCCUGCUCCAGAGUACUGGUGUUCAAUUGCGUAUUUCGAAAUGGACGUGCAAGUCGGGGAAACGUUCAAGGUCCCUUCGAGCUGUCCGAUUGUUACCGUCGAUGGAUACGUGGAUCCUUCCGGAGGAGACCGCUUUUGCCUGGGCCAGCUUUCCAACGUGCAUAGAACAGAAGCCAUUGAGAGAGCAAGGUUGCACAUAGGUAAAGGGGUGCAGUUGGAGUGCAAAGGAGAAGGUGACGUGUGGGUUCGAUGCCUCAGUGACCACGCGGUCUUCGUUCAGAGCUACUACCUGGAUAGAGAAGCAGGGCGUGCGCCAGGGGAUGCUGUUCACAAGAUUUACCCAAGUGCAUAUAUAAAGGUGUUUGAUUUACGCCAAUGUCAUCGUCAGAUGCAACAGCAGGCUGCCACUGCUCAAGCCGCUGCUGCUGCUCAAGCUGCAGCAGUAGCAGGAAACAUCCCCGGACCAGGAUCAGUAGGUGGAAUAGCCCCAGCCAUUAGUUUGUCAGCUGCUGCUGGAAUUGGUGUAGAUGACCUUCGCCGCUUAUGCAUACUCAGGAUGAGUUUUGUAAAAGGUUGGGGACCUGAUUACCCAAGACAGAGCAUCAAAGAGACACCGUGCUGGAUUGAAAUUCACUUGCACCGUGCCCUCCAGCUUCUAGAUGAAGUACUUCAUACCAUGCCUAUCGCAGACCCACAACCUUUAGACUGAGAUCCCUCUGCUGCACUGCUGUGGGCCAUUAUAUUGUGAGGAUGGUGGAUUGUAAAAUACAAUUCUGUUUAUAACCUGAAGAUAUAUUUUACUUUUUGUUCUGCUUAAUCUUCUAAAACCGGGUUUUAAAAAUGUGUUUGCCGCCUUGCUCUUAGCAGAAAGAAACUGAACAUGCAGAAUUUGGAUUUCAGUUAUUUUCAGAACUUAAUUGUCAUAACACAUGGCUCAGGGCUUAAAGUGAAAGGUAAACGCCUUAUAGAGAGACCUUACAGUAUUGGGUUUGUUCCCUUUGAAACUUUCCUUCUCUAUUAUGGCAUCUUGGGUGAUGAGCCUCACAGGAGCCUUUUGUAUGCAGAAUAUAUAUUAUAUAUAUAUUUAUAUCUGAAAAUUCCUUCUAAUAGUUAUAAACAUUUACGUUAUAGCAACUUUAAAAUUCCAACUGAUUUGUGAUGUUCUUUUUAGGGAACAAUAGUUAACAGAAGACUUCUUUAUUUUGUUGACUAUCUUGUUAUGAUUUUUCCAGAUUAAAAGGUAGAAGCUGCCAAAAAAAAAAAAAAGUGAGGGAUGAGACAUGCAUUGUUGGCAUUGAUUAAAAAUAGCAAGGAAAAGAAACGUCGCUUUUCCUUCACUAGUUUUUAAAAAGAUAUCUUAGAUUUUUAUUUAUAUAGACACAUGAGUUUUAAAACACUAAAAGAAAUGGAUACUUUCAGUGCUGGCACUCAAUUUAAAUAUCAUGAAAUACCCAGUCUGCAAAGUUGCCACUGAAAUUGCGUAAUGAGUACCUAAUGGCAGGAACGUAUUUUCAUAACUACUACUGACUUCGAUGAUUUUACUCGAGUAAAACUUGGCAGGUAUUUUAAAAAAAAAAAAAAAAAAAAAAAGAAAAGUUGCAUGACUCUUUUUACUUGCAUAUGCCAUUAAAUCAUGUAUAAUAUUACAUCGAUAUUUAGGAUCCAGUUUUUGUAUCUGUUCACCAUUUCCACUCAGGGCAAGAUGGCAAACUUGUUUUUAUACCUCUUGGUUAUUUUAAGCCCUAUGCCAUCAACGACCGUAUCAAUUGGCAAUGACUUUGUAUAGAGAAUUUAUAGUAGAAAAAAUGCAAAUGUAUUGACUGUAUGACAGAUACAAUAUGUAUGCUUUCUCUCUAGUUAAUAGUAUAAAUAAAAUUAUGAAAACCC